AUGACCGGUGGAAACACCAUUUUUGCCCAAAAGGGCGCCAUGCUUGAAAAUAUCUUUGGUUUCAUCGAUGGUUCCAAGAUCGAGACAUGCCGCAUUUCACGCAAGAAGCGGCCAUAA